ACUCGGUGCCCGCUGUCGAACUUGGUGACUCGGUGCCCGCUGUCGAGCUUGGUGACUCGGUGCCCGCUGUCGCGCCAGAUGACUCGGUGCCCGCUGUCGUGCCAGAUGACUCGGUGCCCGCUGUCGAGCUUGAUGGCCCGGUGCCCGGUGCUCCGCCCGGUGGGCCGGUGCCCGCUGCCCCACCCGGUGGGCCGGUGCCCGCUGCCCAGCCCGGUGUGCCUCUGCCCGCUGCCCAGCCGGUGUGCCUGUGCCUGCUGCCCAGCCCAAUGUGCCCUUACUGACUGCCUGCACUCAGGGCCUUGGUGUAUUGUUCCCAUGAGCCCCUGUACCUGCAUCCUGUCUGCUUCCUGCCUGAUCCUGACUCUGCUUUAUCCUGACUCUGCUUGAAAUCUGCCUGCACCGACCUCGGCUACUCCUGACCAAUCUUCUGCCUACUACUUGUACCUUGUCUGC